GCUUAGUGGGGGGAAAGUUUUUUUUUUGUUGGCUGUUGGAAACGAAUUGAGCAAUUAUCUAGUUUACCUUCUCCUCUUGGAAGUUAACGAUUGGUGAGAUCUUUGCUGCGCUAUUGACACAACACUUCCCAUUGAGCAGGCCUGGUAGCAAUGAGCAGUGAUUGCCCCGGUGUCUCGUUCUCCAUGUAAUCUCUAAUGGAUUGGCAUGUGUCCACUGGGCUGAUAAUGGUCCUUGUGCUCAGUACCCACAUGCUAAUGGCUACACCCCUCGCUGGGAAACAUUGACAAGGAGGAAAGCUGGUAUACUGAGAAGGACACUUCUUCUCAUCCCACAGCCAAGACAUGGACAGUAGCCUUCAGCACAAGACAACCAAAAUGUUCCCAUCUCAAGCGUCCAGAGAAGCUCUUUCCAACAGGGUCACCAUGAUCAGCGGGGCCAAACCACUUGCUUUCUCUAUUGAGCGGAUCAUGUCGAGAACUCCUGAGCCCAAAUGCCUCCCAGUCCCCAGUCUGCUGCAAGGUUCUGUGCCCAAAGGGGACCCAAAACAAGCCCUCCAUAUCAACUCCUCGUCCAUACCUUGCAUGAUCCCUUUUGUCCCUGUAGCUUAUGACCACUGUCCCAAAAUUGGCAUCUCCGGUGCUGAGCUGAGGAAAAGUCAUUUGGAUUCCUCUCCCCCAUUUAGCUGCAGUGAUCUGCUGAACUGUGCCCUGACCCUGAAGGGCGACUUUCCGCGUGAAGCUGUGCCUCUGCAGCAGUACAAACUGGUGAGACCUCGGGUGGUAAAUCACUCCUCGUUCCAUGCCAUGGGGGCAGCAUUCUGUUAUUUUAACAGGGGGGACAGCCAGUGCCACCCGCCAGCCAGUAUCAAUAUCCACCCCGUGGCCUCUUACUUCUUAGGCUCUCCCUUGCACCAUGCCCCCAAAUCUUAUCUGGCUGAGAGGAACAAGCUGCUGGUUCCUUCUGUGGAGAAGUUUUCUUCAGGGGUGACAUUUAAGGACUUGUCCCAAGCUCAGUUCCAGCACUACAUGAAGGAAGGGCCUCACUCCUUCUCAGACAAGAUCACUUUUAAAACUUCAGCCAAAUUCAGCAGCGCUUCCUCCAGCAGCAAACCCAAAGUUUUCACGUGUGAAGUAUGUGGAAAGGUGUUUAACGCUCACUACAACCUGACUCGGCACAUGCCAGUACACACAGGGGCCCGGCCCUUUGUCUGCAAGAUCUGUGGCAAAGGAUUCAGGCAAGCGAGCACCCUGUGCCGCCACAAGAUUAUCCACACCCAGGAGAAGCCCCACAAGUGCAACCAGUGCGGAAAAGCUUUCAACCGAAGUUCCACGCUGAACACUCACACCCGGAUCCACGCCGGCUACAAGCCAUUUGUGUGUGAAUUCUGCGGCAAGGGCUUCCACCAGAAAGGUAAUUACAAGAAUCACAAGCUCACUCACAGCGGGGAGAAGCAGUUCAAGUGCAAUAUCUGCAACAAAGCUUUCCAUCAGAUCUACAAUCUGACCUUCCACAUGCACACGCACAACGACAAGAAACCCUUCACCUGCCCCACCUGCGGCAAAGGCUUCUGUAGGAACUUUGACUUAAAGAAACAUAUGCGCAAGUUGCACGACAGCAGCGGCGGCAGCAGCAGCAGCAGUAGCGCGGGGUCGCACGGGUUAGGCGCUACAGGACAGGAGGAGCUUCACCUACCAAAUAGGGAGCAGUCCCCCAAAAUCCAGAGCCCACAACUGCAAAAGUCUGCGUACUGAUAACCUCACUGGCACUGAGCAAGGCACAAAGCAACGCUCUCCCACGCACUUUCCCCCCAAAGAGGAGCCGGACUCUUGGCAAGUUGGUGGCAUCCCAGGAGGAGCACCUGGAGGCUGGGCUCAUGGGCUGGCUACUAGUCGCUGCUUCCACGGGAGGUCGGUUAAGUGUUUCCACUGAUUGUCUGGAUCCUUUUCUUGGGGACCUUUGUUUACCUCGUGUCUUUGCAUGCACCUGUUAAAUAUCUGAGUAUUAUGCCCUGAACCAGUGAUCAUCAAUAUUGGGGUGAGCAGCUGUUGCUGAACUACAGCGUCCAACAUCCCCACAGCUUUGGCUUGAGAUGAAGGGAAUUGUAGUUCAGGAGCAGCCGGCUAACCGCACAUUGAAAAAGCCGGAUCUGCAUUCACAUAAGCGGUUUUGUGGUUGGACUAUUUUGUUUGUCGGUGUUUUAUUUUGUAAAGGUCCUUCAUUUCUGCCCUCCUGGAUCACAAGAGGUGCCAUGAUGAAUGCUAUUAUAUAUAUGAUCUGAUUAUGUAUUUAUUCUCCUUGCGGAAUGCUGCACAACUAUUUAAUGUAAAUACAUAUAGAUGCUAAAAAAAAGUAUAUUUCCUUUGUGUUUGUUCAGCACUCUUUCACUGCCUGAUUUUUAUAUAAUUCCCCUCUCCCCAGUCAAAUGUAUUUGAGGCAUCACUAGGAGAGCUCAUCUAUUAAUACAAUGCCUUUUUAAAUCUGAGUUUUAUUCUUGCACGUGAAAAUAAAUUCCUUGGUGGCAAUUGAAUAUAUCAGAAUGCUCAACUGGAGACAGCAAGUCCUAUUUCUACGAAAACAGGGAUUGGCGUUCACAUUUGUUAGUUUUAGAAUCACCGGCUUGUCCUUUAGCAACUAAAAAGUGAAAUAGUGUACAGAGAAAACAAAUAGAAUAUCGGUGCCAGGUCCAUGAAAGAGAGUGUUAAACCAGCAAUCUGCUCUACACUCUGUAGUGUUUCAGUCCACAACUCCUCUUGUUUUCCUUGCCAACACACUCAAGCAACUGUUAAAUACAUUAAUUAAGAAGGGUAAUUAGUGCAGAACUAUCAAAGCCUUUCUGUUAUACUAUUAGUUUGCUCUGCGAAAGCCAAUAUAUCAGUUUUAACCAAAUCCAAAACACAGGCAACACUAAAUAAGCUCAAUGCCAGAAAAAUGCAUUGCAUCGCACUAAGGAACUUGAUGAUAUUUCAACAUUGCUUGAAACUUGUUUAAAGGUUAAGCUAAAUUAAUUAUUCUGCCUAUACAAACUAUGGACGUGUAUUUUUUUUUUUUGUUGUUUGCUUUUUCAUUGCUUUUUGUAAUAUGGUUUCUAGGGUCGCAAUGUGAGAGAAAGAAUUAUUAAAAUAUUUAUUACAG